AUGGAGCGAGCGUUCCACCUUCCCGGCAUCUUCGUCCUCUUCUGCUCGUUCGUGUUACUAUUCCUCAUUUCUGUCUCCCUCCCGUUCAUUGACCCGCUCGACUAUGUGCGUGUGUACAUCUACAAUGGCAUCGUCACGACUACAGCGAAUGGGACUGCCAUCUCCGAAAUUCUUCGGGUUGUGGUGUAUGGGGAAAUAUCACGGAAGGUCGGGGCACUGAGAACCUGCAGGGCUAACUGCUGGUAUGAGAUGGUGUCCAGGACACCGUGUAUGCUCGUCCGCAGAUACACUACGACGCUUUGCACCAAUGGCGGGGCUAGCGAGGUGACCGUUGGAUCCUCCUGGAUGUGUGGGCUCAUUACGCACCCCAUUGCCCAGCGACGGGAGGUGAACCUCCUGCUCUCUCGGAUGCUCGAAGUCGAUUGGCAACACCAGAUCGUGCUGCGAGAGAUGCGUCUGUCGAUCGUGGUUAUCGAUAACUUUUAUUCGCCCGACGUCCUGUUCGACGAUAGCAUGACGCGCUGUCCAUGUCAGGCGGGCAUCCAGGUCGAGACGGACAGCGAGUCAUUGGAGGAGGAGGAGCCAGAGCCGGAGCCAGAACUGAAGGAGCUGCCAGAGGCGCAGGACGAGGGUAUCACAUCGACGUGGAGCAAUGAUUCGGAGUCAGACAUGGUGUUCGCGACACAGUCAGUGACAGACAAGUCGUCUUGGGCAUAUUCGGAGUCAUACGCGAAGCGCGACUCGUACGCGCGGUCCAUAUCAUGCUCGCCAGAUUCCCCGCUCUUUCGCUCCCUGUUACUCCUGAAGGCGGUGAGAGUCUGCAGCCGGAAGAGUGGCGACGACCGAAGGCCCUCACAUUCUGCAUGCACUCUAUUCAUCUUUGUCUUCAUGACUUAUGACGAUUCGUGCAGUGUGCGCAGCAUUCACGCUUGGCCGACACUCCAUGCCAUUCCUGAUGUUGAUCCUGCACCCGCACUUUUCUCAGAAGAGCUUAUCCCUCACGCGCAGGAUUCGUCAAGUCUGUGUAUUCCUGGUUACUGGAUCGUGCAUUCUGCACCAGGCCGGAAGAUGAUCUACUUCCUGUGCAGCGGCAGUGCAAGUCCAGCAGUCUCACAGCUGUGGCUUUCUCGACCAACGUCGUUGAGUGGCCAAUUCUCUUGUCAUCUAUGA